AUGCGACUUUUACAGAUCAUAAACAAACUGUGGAGUAAAAUUACAGAAACAAAAUGGGCAAUUCUUUAUGUCAGAUUUGCAGCUGUACGAUUAGUUGUUGCAAUAGCAAUGAAUGCUGUUAUAUUGAAAUUACAUGAAGAUAUUGCAGAAAAAUUAUUCAACUUACAUGACAUUGAAGGUGAUUUACCUGAUCCUGAUAAUAGAAAAUUUGCAUAUAUAAAUUACGAUUAUGGAAUUUAUAGAAGUGAAAUUUUAUCUAUAAUACAUGGAAAUGUCUGGUUCAUGGUUUUUGAAGCAUUUCUAAUGUUUCUAUGUCUCUCAUCGUUGUUUUUUCAAAACACAAUUGAAGUAAUAACAGUAGGAAUGAUAAAUCUUAUGUUGAUAUUGUUUUCAGGAAUUAAUCUAGCACGAAGUCUUAAAUGGAUAGGCCGUAUAAAUAAUCAAUUAGAAAUUGACCGUCCAUUUAUAGAUGGUGAUACAGUCGAUACAACUGACAUAAGUAGAGCUGUAAUAACUUGGGAAAUUAUUCAUUUAUUAAUAUUAACUGGAUUUGCUGCGUCUUCAUUAUUCUUUGGUUAUAAAUUAACAGAGAAUAAAGUCGCAAUGUUUAUUUAUGCAAUUGCUUCUAUAGUUACGAUUUCAAAUUUAAUUUUCAUACUUGCUUCUGUUAUAAUUAAACGUGAAGAAGCAUUAUUGAUGUUGUUGGACAUUUUGGGUAUUUUACUGAUUGUGCUAUCAAUGAUUGUUGCUUAUUUAACAGUAAGGAAUUUUGUUCAAAAGAAACAUCAAAUUGUCACGGUUGAUUUGGAAUCAAGUGGGGUUCAACAGCCAACAAGAUUUUCAAUUGAUGGUUAA